GAACUCCAAGAGAGAAGGGAGGCAAAUAACUAGAUCAAUUAAUAAAUGUCUUAACAAGAGAUUUGAAAUGGACCAUAGCAACACUGCUUUAUCCCUGUCUUUUCUUAAGGUUAUUUUUUUAUUCUCCUUUUAUUUAUUUCUUACAUAAUUUCUUAGCUCAAUUUUCCCUCCAAAUAUUUAUUCUUCUUUUGUUCUUUAUUAUGUGUAGAAAAAUAUGUUUGAAAAUGAUUGUUCUGCUAUACUCCUACCAUCCACACAAACCCUCCCAAGACAUUAGGACAUUGAUUUUCUGAUCACUAUUUGGAGAAACAAGUGCUGUUCUUCAAAGGCAUAAGUUUAAGGUAGGGGCUUUUUUAGGGAGGAGUUGGAGGGCAAGAGUUCAUAAGAGUUCAUUCAAGCUUCGUUAAAUAUUAGUUAUGGCAGAGGUGGAGAUCAAUUAGCAUAGACUUAACUUUCCAGAGUAGAGCAAGGACAAAGGGGAAGGGCUACUGCUGACAGUUGUCUUCCACAAUAAGCGGUUCCUUUAUAACAGCUGGGUGUAUCUGAACAAAUUCUUUCGACCGAUCUACAGCCUCUGAUCACACCUCAAUCCUUAGGCUCCGAAUAAUUCAAAGACAAAAGGCAAUCAGUAUAUCCAAAAGAGUAAAAAUGGUUUCUGAAAAGGAAGGAAAGAAACAUAUUAAUGGAAAUGUUAAUGAUGAGAAUAUUGUUUUUGAAGAUGCUUCUGGAAGCCAAAAGGAAAAGAAAAAAAUCAAGGAAAAAAUUAAUAUGGUUAGCCCAUUUGCAGUGUUUCGUUACUCCGAUUCCCUGGAUAAAUUAUUAAUGAUAGUGGGCACUAUUUUUGCAGCCCUUCAUGGGGCUUCCCUUCCAGUUAUGAUGAUUGUUUUUGGAGAUAUGACAAAUACCUUUGUUGGAUCUGGAACUAUAGAUAACACAACUAAUCUUUCCCAGCGCUUUGAGCAACUAGAAGAACAAAUGACAAGGUAUGCAUACUGGUAUUCAGCCAUAGGAGCUGGAGUUCUUGUCUGUUCCUAUGCAUACAUUGCAUGUUGGACACUUGCGGCUGGCCGCCAAGUCAAAAGAAUUAGGCAACAAUUUUUCCAUGCCAUCAUGAGGCAAGAAGUAGGAUGGUUUGAUAUAAAUGAUGCUGGAGAACUAAACACACGACUUAUAGAUGAUGUAUCCAAAAUUAAUGAAGGAAUUGGUGAGAAAAUUGGAAUGCUGAUUCAGGGAAUAUCAGCAUUUCUAUCAGGAUUUAUAGUCGGAUUCACUGAAGGAUGGAAAUUGACUCUUGUAAUCCUUGCUGUCAGUCCUGUCCUAGGACUCUCUGCUGCAGUUUGGGCAAAGAUCCUUUCUUCAUUCACUAAUAAGGAACUUGCUGCAUAUGCAAAAGCUGGAUCAGUUGCUGAGGAGGUCCUAGGGGCUAUCAGAACAGUGAUAGCUUUUGGAGGACAGAAAAAAGAAAUUGAAAGAUAUCAUAAAAAUUUAGAAGAUGCUAAAAACAUUGGGAUAAGGAAGACUAUGAGUACCAGCGUUUCGCUUGGCGUUGCUUUCUUAAUAAUAUAUGCUUCCUAUGCGUUGGCUUUUUGGUAUGGGACUACAUUGGUAAUAGAGGAAAAUUACAGUAUUGGAGGAAUCCUUACAGUCUUCUUUUCUGUGCUCAUUGGAGCAUUUAGUAUUGGCCAAGUCUCUCCAAACCUAGAAGCAUUUGCUACUGGCAGGGGAGCUGCAUAUGUAAUAUUCAAGAUAAUAGACAAUGAACCACAAAUUGAUAUUUAUUCAGAAAGUGGCUAUAAACCUGACAAAAUUACAGGAAAUCUCAGUUUCCAAAACGUAUAUUUUAAUUAUCCAGCAAGGCCAGAUGUUAAGGUAUUAAAAGGUCUGAAUCUUCAGAUCAAUAAUGGACAAACAAUAGCCCUGGUUGGCAGCAGUGGUUGUGGAAAAAGUACAACUGUCCAACUGAUACAAAGGUUUUAUGAUCCCUUGGAAGGCAUGAUUACCAUUGAUGGACAGAAUAUUAAGACCCUGAAUUUAAGAUAUCUGAGGGAAAUUAUUGGUGUUGUGAACCAGGAACCUGUACUAUUUGCCACAACAAUUGCAGAAAACAUUAGAUAUGGCCGUGAAAAUGUCACCAUGGAAGAGAUGGAAAAAGCUGCCAAAGAAGCCAAUGCGUACGACUUCAUCAUGAAUUUACCUGAAAAGUUUGAAACUGUGGUUGGUGAAAGAGGAGCACAGCUAAGUGGAGGACAGAAGCAACGGAUAGCGAUUGCCAGGGCUCUUGUGCGGAACCCCAAAAUUUUGUUACUGGAUGAAGCUACAUCUGCUCUGGAUACAGAAAGUGAAGCUAUUGUACAGGCAGCUUUGGAUAAGGCAAGAGAAGGCCGCACAACGAUUAUAGUAGCUCAUCGUUUGUCUACAGUCCGAAAUGCAGAUCUUAUAGUUGCUUUUGAAGAUGGGGUCAUUAGCGAGCAAGGAACCCAUUAUGAGCUUAUGAAAAAGAAAGGAGUUUAUUUCAAACUUGUCAAUAUGCAGGCAGUUUCCACUGAAGCUGAAUCAGAAGAGUCAGUAGAAGAAGAACCCCAUCUGAAAAAUAACCCAGAAGAUAUAAGCAAAGAUGCUUUUUCCAACAAGCUGAGGAGAUGUUCUACUCGCAGAAGUAUUAAAAAGUCAGAAAUGGAGGAAAAAGACCUUGAGGUCCAGAUAGCUCAGCCUGAUGAAAAUAUUCCCAAGGUUUCAUUUCUUAAGAUUAUGAAGUUAAAUCGAUCCGAAUGGCCUUACUUUUUAGUGGGAACACUUGCUGCUCUGGUCAAUGGAGCCCUGCAGCCUGCAUUUUCAGUAAUAUUCUCAGAAAUCAUAGGUAUUUUUGCAAUAAGAGAACCCAACAUUCUGCGUGAAAAGAGCAAUCUCUAUUCACUGCUGUUCUUAGGAAUUGGCAUUGUUUCCUUCAUCACCUUUUUUCUUCAGGGCUUCAGUUUUGGCAGAGCUGGAGAGAUUCUUACAAUGAAGCUACGUUACAUGGGAUUCAAAGCAAUACUUAGACAGGAUAUCAGUUGGUUUGAUAAUCCCAAAAACAGUACUGGAGCCCUAACUACGAGACUUGCAAAUGAUGCUUCUGAAGUAAAAGGUGCCACAGGGGAAAGGUUAGGUAUGAUUGCUCAAAACAUUGCUAAUCUUGGGACUGGAAUUAUUAUUUCAUUCGUGUAUGGCUGGCAGUUGACCCUUUUACUUCUGGCUCUUGUGCCAAUCAUUGCAAUAGCAGGGCUCAUUGAAAUCAGAAUGUUAUCUGGACAUGCUGAGAAAGAUAAGAAGGAACUUCAAGGUGCAGGGAAGAUUGCAACAGAAGCUAUUGGAAAUAUUCGAACUGUAGUUUCCCUCACUCGAGAAAGAAAAUUUGAACAAAUGUAUGGAGAAAAUUUGCAAGGACCUUACAAAAAUUCUAUAAAGAAAGCACAUCUUCAUGGACUAACUUUUGGCAUUUCCCAAGCAAUGUUGUACUUCUCCUAUGCAGGCUGUUUUCGUUUUGGUGCCUAUCUUAUUGCGAAUGGAUAUAUGGAUUUUAAGUCCGUAUUCUUAGUAUUUUCCUGCAUUGUAUUUGGUGCCAUGGCUGUAGGGCAGGCGUUUUCAUUCACACCAGAUUAUGCCAAAGCCAAGAUAUCUGCUGCUCAAAUGUUCAUGUUAUUUGAAAGAGUCCCAUCAAUAGAUAAUUACAGUGAGGAAGGAAAGAAGCCUGAAACAGUUAGUAGCAAUAUAGCAUUUAAGGAAGUGGUUUUCAACUAUCCAACCCGGCCAGAUGUUCCAGUGCUUCAAGGUCUGAAUAUUGCAACAGGGAAAGGGCAAACCCUGGCGCUUGUGGGAAGCAGUGGCUGUGGGAAAAGCACAUUAAUCCAGUUGCUUGAAAGAUUCUAUGAUCCCCUCAGUGGAGAAGUGCUUUUGAAUGGUGAAAAUGAACAGCAGUUAAAUAUUCAGUGGUUGCGGUCUCAGAUUGGAAUUGUUUCUCAAGAACCAGUUCUGUUUGGCUGCAGUAUUGCAGAAAAUAUUGCCUAUGGUGAUAACAGUAGGGAGGUACCAUUUGAUGAGAUAUGUGAAGCAGCCAAAUCAGCCAAUAUACAUUCCUUCAUUGAAUCUUUACCAGAGAAAUACAAUACUGCUGUUGGUGACAAAGGAACUCAACUGUCUGGGGGCCAAAAGCAGCGCAUCGCUAUUGCCCGUGCUCUCCUCCGCCAGCCAAAAAUUCUGCUGUUGGAUGAAGCAACCUCUGCUCUUGACACAGAAAGUGAAAAGGUUGUUCAGGAGGCUCUGGAUAAAGCCAGACAAGGUCGUACCUGCAUUAUAAUAGCUCAUCGUUUAUCAACAGUGCAGAAUGCUGACACUAUAGCUGUAAUCCAGAAUGGGAAAGUCAUGGAACAAGGAACACAUCAGCAGCUACUGGCUCAAAAAGGAAUUUAUUAUUCACUAGUCAAUGUACAUGCAGGAACAGCUCAUGUAUAAAUAAGAAAGUGAACAUUAC